GCCAAUAUCCAUUCAUUGCGAGCGGUUGAAAGUCAGUCUUCUCCCGUUCAGAACAGGAAUUGGAUCCACAGUGUAAAACAGCGUUGCAUUCGAAACGGACCGUUAUGGAAUCAUAACUAGUAUCACUCUUGUCAUUUACACAUUUAAAGUACUGACUAAAUUCUUGUCAUCACACCUUUUUAAGAACCAAGCAUUUGUGGAUAUUCUGAAGAAGCAUGGAAAAGUUGAAUUGCGUAUUGCAGUGCAUGGUGUAUAUAUGAAUGUCCAUGGGCGUAUGCACUUUGAAAGUUUGUUUAUGUUGAGCAGUUGAACUGUUACCACAGGUUGGACUUGGAGUCUGCGAUUUUAUAUUGAAAUCGAACUAUAUUUAUUUCAUAAGAAAGAUGGCAGAAAGGUGCCCAAGAACAAUUAUGAAUUUCUUUCUUCAGUUGAGUGUCAUCAUUUGUGGAUUAGCCGUACUCACACAUGCAGCAGAUGGAGAUGUAAAGCUGCGGGGUGGUGCAGCGAAUUCCGGUCGAGUCGAGGUAGAGUACAACAAGAUAUACGGGACCGUCUGCAUUGACGGAUUCGACAUCGAAAAUGCUGACGUCGUCUGCAAACAACUCGGGUUUCGAGAUGGUGCUCUCAAGGUCGGUGCGGUGGAUGACUUCAGCUUUGCGUCAGGAGCAUCCCUCGACAUCGUCCUUUUCAACGCCAACUGCGUAGGCGAUGAGACCAACAUCGCCAGUUGCCCCGAUGUCACGUGGUCUGGGGGCACUUGUCUCUCAAACAAACCGGCUGCUGUGUUCUGCGCACUGCCCUACUACGAAGGCUGCUACGAGAGCUCAACGCCUGUGGGUUAUACGGACAAUUCCCAAACGCUACAUGGUUUCGUUGAAAUAUGCAGGGUGUUUCAGUACGCCUAUGCUGGCUCUUCACAAGUGAGUGGGGACAAGAAUCGCUGUGGAAACGAUUUGUCGGAGUUUGGUACCCUCGUCGACGACUCGCUCUGCGCUGAAGUGUGUGGGAACGAUCCAUACCAGCUGUGUGGCGGAACGGGAGACUAUCGGGCGGUUUACUCAACUCGUCUUGGGUCCGAAGGUUUCACCCUGACCGGUGCCAGUGGUUCACUGACGUCAUUCAACUACCCAGGUGUGUACAUGUCCAAUGAACGCCAGGAGUGGACAGUAACACUGGGUUCUACGGAACGAGUCCAGAUCACCUUCCCCGCGUUUGAUAUCAAUUCCGGUAACAUCAUCACGAUCUCUGCUGGGGGCAUGAACGAGACAUUCACCUCACGGAGAACAUGGAUAACUGAUCCGAUCUCGUCUUUUACGGUUUGGUUUGAGAGUCCGUCUUCAGGAAACGGGUUCAUUCUGAACUACGAUGUCUAUAUUAUAAGCGCGGCAACAACUGUUUUGCCAGCCCAGUCAACUGCGCAGGAUACAACGACCAUACAACCACCAGCAACAAGCGAUGUUGUAGCAACAACACCACCGAGCCUUGAUACCACCACUUCUGAUUCGACAGCGACAGACCCAGUAACUCAAGGUGGUACCCCGUCACAACCUCCACCACAACCAGUGGUGACAACGAUGCGACAAGCUACCACCGCGGAUGAAAUGGCAACUCCAGCUUCAAACGGCACCUGUCCGGAGAGCGUCGGUGAUAUCGAACGCCAGCUCAGCCGAGACGUCUCCGAUCUUCUCGUUAUCAACACGGGCCGACCAUUACCAUGUCACGGAGCCAUCACGCGUAUUUCCUUCUACGCUGCAACAACCAAUCAAAUCAAUGUCACAUUAUGGCGACGCGCAUCCGGUAAUGCACUGCAGCUCAUCGACAUGACGCAGUUGACCCCCGCAAGAAGUGUCACCUUUGUGUCCGCCUUGUUGCCGCGAUCUUUGGGUUUCGCCCAAGGGGACUUUGUUGGCUUUUCCUCGGAUGACCUGUCGCCGCUGGUUUACUCGGAAAGUGCAUCUGAGGCCACAGAGCAUGAGGUUCAUAGUUUCUCAAACCUAGGAAAUUAUCCAGAACUGCAUUAUGGGAUGAACUUGGAGGUGACAAACUCAUCAGAGGUCAUUGUUUCAAACAGGGUGUAUUCUUGGAAGAUUACAAUCGAGGACCGGCAAUGUAUAUACCCCAGGUUGUCCAACGGCGCGAUUGCACCAGCAGGAACUUCGGCGUUCGUCAACGAUCAAAUCACUAUAACUUGCGAUGCUGGCUUCGCAGCUGCUUUCGACAGAGCGGUAUGCCAGGCCAACGGGACCUUCACGAAUCCGAUUCAGUGCAACAAGUUGUUCGAUGGACUUACUUUCACCCAAUUUGUCAUACUACUUGUUGGUGUUGGAACCCUAUUCUUACUGGUGAUCUUUAGUUUAUGUUGCUACGUGUUGUGCGGCGGCAGUUCCAAGCAUGCCAAGGCAGAAAGGGAUAUCGCAGAUGGCGCUCCUGGUUCCGGUGGCGAUUCUUACCUACUCCCUAUGACCACGCCUCCCAUGAAUGGUCACGAGAAGAAGAACGGUAUCGAAAACACGUCCUUCGUCAACGAAGUCCCGCGCGACAUCGAAAACGGUAAUGUGGCCCCCGUCGAUCCGAACAUGAACGGGAUGAUAGAGAUCGACAUGUCGGAGGAGGAGGUUCCCCAGCAGGUUCCCGAUUCGAAUCCUUCUGCGAUUCCUGAGACACCUAGCGAGCCUAUGGUGCCUGCCGUGGAGACGCCAAACGGACCUGGAGAGCAGAUGACGACACCAGAAAUACCCGAGCCCGAUUAUGACGACGAAGCAAUUCCGCCGCCGCCAUCAAGUCCCCCGCCACCGCCCCCACCAGAGUUUGACGAUUCAGCGCAGUUUAUGCCUCAGUCGCCGACAUUUCCACCUCUCCCUACCCCCGUACGCAUGCAGUAUGAAGAGUAUUCGCCCCCAAUGUCGCCGGCAUUCUCAUUUCCAUCCACAUCUAUUCGGUUAGAAUACGACCAGGAAUCAGUAUCAUCGUGUAGCUCGCCCCCAUCCUUUUUAACCCCGGGGAAUGCAUCAUCUGGAGGUCCUACAAUCGGUGUUCCUGCUCCUCCUCCUCCUCCACCUCCACCACCACCACCACCACCUCUUCCAUCAUAACCAUCUUCAUUACCAUGAAUCCUGUGGACGAUUCGAACGCGGAACAGCCUUCUUCUGUUCUCCAAAACGAAGAAGUUCUCUACUAAAGAUCAUAACAUUUAAUCUGAUUUAACUUAAUACAAACUUACGUUUUAAGACACUUUUCUGUACCCUUUACGAUUAUUUAGCAUCGGGAACAAAUGUUACAUGUGUUUCUAGAAUCGUGUAUAAUUGGGAUUAAUUGGGAGUAUUUUAGGAAAUCUUUAUGGUUUACUUUGAUCUUAUUCCAAUAAGAAACGGUCUCUUCAAUCUAGUGACUUACUUUUCAAAUGUGAUCAGGGCAUCUAUUAACUGCACUGUCUCACUCCCCCUCCCCCUUUCCCCUUGAUUUUAUAUUUGGGAAAGUCACUGUAUUUAAAAAGAAAGAGACGGCGUACAGACAUUUUUUUUCUUUUACGGAAUUAAGCUGAAUUUAAUUUUAUGACUGAAUGUACAAUUGAUGUGUUUAGAUAUAAUACAGACAAUCGAAUUUUUGUAUAUAAUAGAUGUAUACAAGGAUAUUUCAGAACGCAAUUAAAAUUGCUUUUUAAAAUUUGUCAUGUUAUUUCGAAACUUUUUCAUUCAACUUGUAACGAUGAUUUUUUGUUUUAAUUAUUAAAACAAGGAAUAGGAAACGAUUUCGGGUCUUGUAACUAUAUCCUUUCAUACGGUUAUUAUCUAUUCAAGGUUUUAACUAACAGGUAUCAUUGAUGUUCUUAGAAAACCACACAACUCAAAACAGUACUUUUAGAAUGAUAUACCUAAUCCAUUUUAUCAUUAACAAUGAAUGACAUAAAAACUAGCAUGGUAAAUUUAAAAAGUGUAAUUGUGGUACCUUGGAACAAUAGAUUCACAUUAUCAAUCAAACUUGUUAUUAAUUAUUUCAUUCAGCAUGUAAAUAUAUUUUUUAAUCUGUUUUAUACGAAUAAUGAUUUUUUGUAAGUAUACUUAUAUUCACGAGUUGCACUUAACAUGCUUGAUAAGUCAACGCCUCUACUUGUUAAUGGGAUUAAGAUAUUUAUAUAACUAUGUGUGUAUUGUGUCGAAAUAAGAUUAUUUUCUACUGGAAUGACCAAUUUUUAUUUUCAGUGUAUAUUUAUUUAGUAUUUGUAGCUAAAGGUAAAGGGAAUCUUGUAAAUGAACCAGAAUAUUUGUGGGGGUGGCAAUUGCUAUUUACUUUCAAUAAUUUAUAUAUUUCAUAUAUAUACUUGUGGAAAAAAACAUGUGCCAAGUUUAUUCACUUUAUACUGGAGUAUACGCAAAAGGUUAUUAUUUCAAGAAUUGUAUAUCAUUUUUGUAUUCGGAGUUGAACAGAGGAUUCAAUAAUAAAUUGUUAAGAAUUAAUAUUUGGGCGAAUAUAUGCCCAAAGGAUUCCAAACCAUUGACAUGGCUGAAGGCAAAUUAAAUAUGAAUGCAAUACAAAGUGUUUGUAUUUGUAUGCUUUUGUAAGUUCA